GCAGCCAGGGUGAAGAAGGUGACACCAUGGGCCUUCACUUCGGGAACCUGGCGCGGGUUCGCCAUGUCAUCACCUACAGCCUCUCGCCCUUCGAGCAGCGCGCCUUCCCCAACGUCUUCUCCCACGGGCUGCCCAACAUCUGGCGGCGUUUCAGCUCCCAGGUCUUCAAGGUGGUGCCCCCCUUUGUGGGAGCCUAUCUCCUGUACUCCUGGGGAAUGCAAGAGUUUGAGAGACUGAAGAGGAAGAACCCUGCUGACUAUGAAAAUGACCAGUAACUGAGUUAAUAAGGAGACUGUUACCUCGCUGUAUUAUCAACUCCGUGUUGCUAAGCUUGCUUGCGUGACUAGAGGGGUAUUGAGAGGGAGAUGAGUCUAAUAAACUUUAACUUUGCCCCAUGCCUUUGUGUGAAAUCUGUGUCUUGAGAUGUUUAAGGUGAGUAGCAUCACAUCUCUGUCUGGCUCACGCUGUAAAGGGAGAUGAUCAGGCUAAAGUUCUGUGCACUCAAACUCUUUUAUAUGACAGCAUUUCCAGCCUUUUUUGACUCCUGUUUCUGUGAAACAUUUCUCAGUAUAACUAGUGUAGCAAAGGCUGCCUUCAGCUGGAGAUGAUCCAAAAUAACAGCUCAUUGCUCUCUUUAUCUUUCCAUCACUGGCCACUGCUUUUUCCUUUAACCUUGAUAUAUGUGAAAAACAAAUAGGCCACCUGAUUUGAUAUUGACAAAAACUGCAUGAGCUGGCUGACAGCUCGGAUCGAACGUGGACUUUGACCCUCUGUGCAGAGGCUCGCUCUCCCCAAGUUGCCCUGUGCAGAGGACAAGGGGCAACGGGGACAAGCUGCACUGGGAGAGGUUUCAUCUCGAUGCAAGAAAGCAAUUUUUUACUGUGAGAACAAUUGAUCGCUGGAACAACCUCCUCAGAGACAUGGUGGAGCCCCUGUUGCCACAGGUUUUCAGGUGGCAGAUAACCUCAUCUGGGCUCCCUUCCCACGAAUGGCUGGACCAGAUGAUCUUUUGAGGUCCCUUCUAACCUGGGCUGUUCUAUGAUUCUGUGAUACUAAUUACCUAGUUACUGUAUUUAUUAACGUUAAUCAGAUGAUUAACUGCAAUUCUGAUAUCUGAUUAGUGUUAACAGGCUGGAUUAGAAGCUGCUUCUUGGAAACCACCGGGAGAAACAAGACUAUUUAAUACCUGAAGAUGAUUUAAAAUCAAAUGGUAGUAGUAAAGUUACUUGAGUAUGUGACAAAGAAAUUCACCCUGUGGCUCUGAGCAUAUAAAAAAGCUUCACUGUUGAAAGUCCAGAACAUCUGGCUCUUCCUUCAUCCCUCUUUUUCCUUUCAGUCUUGAGCUGACUGUCUCAAGCUCAUGCACCAUGCAAAGCAACACGUUUAUCUCCCUGUCAUGCUAUUCUUGUAGCCGGUCCUGAGAGUUUAUCUUAUCCACAGGCCAUGAGCGUCAUUUCCCUGCGUUAGGGACUUGGUGUGCUCAAAGCUGGGCUGUCUGGAAGAUAAAGAUGCUCAGUCUCUUGGGGGGCAUGCAAUUUUUAUAGCUGAAUGCCUUAUUCUUUUGGGGCUCUUAACAUAAUGUUUAAAAAGCACAUAAGACUAAGCUCCAUCUUAGGGCUGUUCCUACUGCUCUUGUGUUUACUCCAAGCAGUCCGAGGUCAGCAUAAACAGGAGUAAUACAAGUCACCCAGUGCUGCAAGUUGUGCCAAAAAUACUCUGUGCUUAAAUUUAACUCUGCAUUUCAGUUUGUUGGUAUUUUCUAGGCAGCUUAAGCAAGCAGGGAACAACAAACUGGCUACUACGAUUGUGAGAGCUGGCAAAGACAUCUCAAGCAGCCCACAGCAGCUGAAGGGUAGCCUAAAUGAUAGCAUGUGUGAACUUUUAUGUUCGUAGCUUCAGCAAAUGCUAGUUUUUCAAUGCAUUUCAUCUCGCCUACUCUGCUGAAGGUGAGCAGCUCAUCUCGGUCUCUCUCACAAGGUCCCUGCCCCCAUUCAGGCAGCUGAACUGCCUCUGAACCAGCUGCUAGACUACUGUAAACAACGUGGCACCUUCACCUCAGCCGGUGACCCGUUACCCAAGGCACCGCAGCCCAGCGACUGCUCGGGCAGCGGCUCAGCCCCGCUGCAAUGUCAGCAGUGAGUCAGGAGGCAGGCUGGGCCUCCUCACCCUUUGCUCCACCAAGCCCUGCCGAGCCGCCCUCCGGCUCCCAUGCCCCUGCGCUCACCCAGACCGCCGGGCAGGGAGCUGGAUGCAGAGACUGCUACCAGCAGGGAUACAGCUCCUGCUGGCAUUUGGGAGUUCGGCCGGUGGGUAUUUCAGAAUCUGAACAAGGUGCUUGAAAUUUUGUCAGUCAUUUUUCAGUUCUCCCUUUCCUAAACAUUGGAAGUGGCAACAGAGCAACAUUUCGUGUCUUUUUUUGUUAUGUUGCAUUGUUCUAACCUGCCUCUUUGCUGUGGCUUUUUACUGGCAUGCUGGACUUGCGUAUGUGGAAACAAUCGGUUCAAUUUUUUUCUUUCUUCCCCAGUUUCCUGCACAGAGUAAAUAGAUUGCUGCCUGAAAGGGAUAUGCUGACGCUGUUAGUAACCCAGGACACACAGCAAUUUUGACAUAUCGUCACAAAGUACUAGUCUUAACCUAGCCGAGAAACCGUGACUUACAGAGGGCACUGCUGUCAGAGUUGAAAGAGCUGUCAUUUCAAAUCCUGUGCUCCACAGAUGAAGUCAAGACUACUGCUGCCGCCUCUUGUUUUCCUUUCUCUGUUCUAUACUAGUGCCUAGUGGAAAUAGCAGAAAUUAGAACUCUGGUGCAUGUAAAGAAAGGACUUCAUGGGAAAAACAAUUGAGAAAUUCACAGCCAAAUGUAAAAGAAACUUCUAAGUCCAGCUAUUUGAUGUGCCAUCAUUUACUGUCCCCUUUCCUUCCCUACAUAAGACACAGGAAGGUGAAAUAAUGAAGGGUUUCGAUUCCUCCUCCCAGGGAAGCAAGACGAACAGGGCAGAGGAAAGAGUGUACAAAGAACCCUAGGAAAGGAACAAAUUUUCCAGUAGUGGUUGUACACCAAUACACUAGGAAGGGUUUUUGUUUAAUCCCAGUGAAGUGUGGGCUAAGGGGUAAUCAUAUGUAGACAGGAACCUGACAACAUGGCAUUAUCUUAAUCUGAGUAACUUGCCUUCCACGCUGGCACUUCUGCCUCCUUAUUAAACAAUCACAGAACACGGUAAGCCAUUACAUCCAGAUUUGUGUUUACAAUUUAGCUAAAACAUACUUAAUUGUUUUAUACAGCAUCUUUCUACUUGAAGUGACUUAAAACAUAGUGUGCUCCAAAACCUACACAUACCAAUUUAUUCAUGUCAAGUAUUCUCUUUAUUUGACUCUGCAAUCAUCAAAAAUCUUGUACCUGACAGAGAUGGUGUACAUGGGACAGAUGUGGGAGCCAGAUGCACAAGAUCUCACAGAUGAGGAGGAGCAGCGAGUACCAGCAAGGUCCAUUUACAGACUGGUAAUCUUAGACAUACACUUCUCCCACUUGUCCCAAUGUUCGUAAACAGAGGAUUAUAGAGAAGAUGAGAGGUAAUAGCUCUUCUUAAACAUUCUUUUCUCUAGGCUGUUGCAAUCUCAUUUCACAAUGGAAAAAUUAAGAUUCGUCUUGAUUACAAACUGCCCAUCCACAUCAAUGGGAGUCGUCUGCACCAUUGUGAGUGCGCUGUAAGGUACAGAGGCAGACUGUAGCAGAGAUGGCUCAUCUAAAGAAACCAUAGUCUUGCCACAUGGAGCAACUCAGCUCCAGAAAACCCUUGCAGCAGUCUCUUCAACUUUUGGGAUUUGCUAUCUAGAGAUUAUUGUCUUUAACUAUACAUUAGGGUCCCUGGAAAAAGAGGUCUAUUAUUUAUCAUGCAUAAAAUAACUUUUUACAUUCCAAAACCCAUCUGAAAAGUCUUACAUCUGCUUUUUGAGUACUGUGUGCGUGGAAAGGAAGGUUAAGUAACUUCCUCAUGAUUCUUUCAUGUACCAAGAGUGAGAAGCAGAAUCAAAAGCACGAUUCUCUGCUCCAAAUAAGCUUGGUAAGACAAUACUUACCCCCAGCUCACAAACUCAAAGCUGAACACCCUGUGAAUGUCACAGAAGUUAAAUAAGGUUGUGGCUUUUGAUCUUUACCAUAAUACUUUGGGCCAGCCACCCUUUUGCUUGCAAAUACACCAUGGAGUUCUGGUAACACGUUAGGUAGGUUUUAAAAAAAAGGAAGAGUUGGUGCAACCGGUAAGCUGACCAGACAAAGUACAAGUGGAAGGAGAGUCAAUCAUUAGCCAGCCAGACAGGCCUUGAACCAGAUCACUUCAGCAGAUGCUAACUUAGUAAUUCCCUCUUGCUCCGAAACGAACUUUGUUCCUGUGAUGACUGACAGCUGAUGAAAUGAUAAGAGAAUGAAGUCUAUAAAAAUCUAGCUGAAGCUUGGGAAGUUCUAUUUGGGGCUCUUCCUACCUCCUCCCCCCAAGGCUGGUCCUACAGUCAGUGUGACAGCUCGUACUGUGAAGAUGCACUGUUGGAAGGUGAUGGCAGUCUUUCUGCUCUGCUCACUGCUGCUCAGCCAGGUAAACAGAGAUAACUAUUUAAAGUGCUAAUUGAAAUGGUCUGGUAGUUAAUAAAAACUGUUAUGAUCUAUGUGAAUAAGAGCAAUGGGCAGGAGUUGGAGGUGACAGCAGAGCUCUUUUAGAGGGUUCAACAUCAUAAAAAAGUAGAGUAACAGCCUAGUGAAUACGGGGUUACUCCAAGACAUGACUUGGCAAGUAAUUCUGCCUCCCCUCCCAAGACAACUGAAAAACAGUUAAUUUUUAUAGUUCUUACUUCUUUGGGGUUAGGAUACAAGCAAUUAUACUUUAACAGAGCAUGCUAUGAUCUCAAAACGAGAAAGAUUUCAAGUUCUUCACUUAAUUUUAAGACUAUUGACCUCAGCAUCAG